ACUUAGCUGCCAUGGCUGCCUACCGCCUCCUCUUGUUCCUUGUGCUUGCGCUCGCCGUCAGCAACAGCAUCAGCCCAGUGGCCGCCGCGGACUACGAUGACGUGCAGCUGCGGCAGGAGGCCAUGAUGCAGGCCCUCGGGGUGGUCGCCCGCUUCGACCUGGCCACCACCGACGCCGAGGCAGUGAGGCAGGUGAAGCAGGCGCUCGCGGUGCUGAACCGUGAGGUCAAGGCCCGCCCCCAGCAGUGGAAGCCCAUCUUCAAGGCCCUCGACAAGGUGAUGGACAGCGGCGCCGACGACCGCAGUAGGGCAAAGGCGUCCGCUGAGCUCAAGGUGCUGCUCGACCGCGAGCUCGGCCCGUGCCCGGACAGCCUCAGAAGGGACCUCGGAAUCGGUGAUCUGUAAAAUGCAUAUGCAUGCAUGCAGUCGCCAGUUCGCCACCUCUGCCUUUCUCUUUCUCCCUGAACGUGCCAGUCGCCAGUGCGGUUGUGAGUUGUCGGAGCUCCCGUCUGUGCACUGCGACCUGUCGCAGUCGUCAGAGCUCCACCUUUGCCUUACUUUCCUUCCGGUUUCAUUAGUCAGCGUGGUGGUUUCUUUUGUUACACUGCUAGCGCUCCCCGUGUUCCUCCAUGAAUAUAUGAUAAGUUGAAGCUGCAUAGAUGGUUGGGUCCUGUGUGCUCCAUCUCAUUUAGGACGUACACUGGCUCAUAAGAUAGUCUUAUCCUAAGCCUGACAGGCAAUCUAGAAAUGACAAUAAAAAUAUGGAGUAAAAUAAGUUA